AUGGCGUCGUCACUCUCCGAGGCCGUCCCUAAAUUCACGGCAGAAGCCCUCCGUUCCGCCGCCAAGUUCUCGGAAGGCUGUCAUGUCGUCCCCGUCCGCCUCCGCCGCGCCAUUAAGAAAUACCUCCGUGAGGAAGAAGACCCACAUAUGAAUAGGAAGGUUUUGAGCUUGUCGAAAUCGUUGAGCCAAAUUAAAGAAGUGAAUUUGACGUUACCGAUUUCCACCUCCAAAGAACUCGUGGAAGAUCCUCUCAAAAGCACCGAAAGCUCAAAGAGGUGGAAAAUUACCAGUGCCUAUGGAGACAUUGGACUCACGUAUAGAGAUGACGAGUCUAUUGCUUACGUGGCUUCUCGAAUGCCCGCUGUAUUUUCUGCCUGCUAUAGAGUCCUCACCGAGGUCAGGAGGAGAGUACCAGAUUUUUCGCCUGUUAAGGUGUUGGAUUUUGGAGCUGGGACUGGUGCUGCAAUGUGGGCGUUAAGAGAGGUGUGGCCGCAAUCGGUGGAGAAAAUUAACUUAAUCGAGCCAUCACAGUCUAUGCAACGGGCAGGGCUGAGGCUUAUCCAAGAUCAAAAAAAUUUGCCAUUCAUCCAAAGCUAUGGCAGCCUCCAAGCACUAACUCAGAAAAUCAAUAAGUCUGAAAGAAAGCAUGAUCUUGUAAUAGCGUCAUAUGUGCUUGGCGAAAUACCCUCUCUAAAGGAUAGAAUUACGAUUGUCCGCCAAUUAUGGGAUCUUACUGGAGAUGUCCUGGUUAUUCUUGAACCUGGAACUCCAGAAGGAUCUAAUAUUAUCUCCCAUAUUCGAUCUCACAUUUUAUGGAUGGAAAACAGGAAGUUCCGCAAGGCGGAAGCUGCAGCUCAUAAAGGAUCUACGAGCUUGGUAACAGCAAAAAGUGGUGCAUUUAUUGUUGCUCCUUGCCCUCAUGAUGGACGUUGCCCACUAAAUAAGACGGGAAAGUAUUGUCACUUUAUCCAACGUUUACAGAGAACAACAUCACAACGUGCUUACAAGAGGUCCAAAGGCAAGCCUCUUCGUGGCUAUGAAGAUGAGAAGUUCUGUUAUGUUGCAUUUAGAAGAGGUCAACGCCCCAGGCAAGUACUUUAUCUAGUGACUUUUCAGUUGAAACCCCACGUAUUUGGACUAACAUGUACAAUUUUACGAGAGCCAUGGCCUCUUGAUGAUAUGAAGUUUGAUACAUUGAAGGAGCAGAAAGCUAAACGAAGUCCUGAAGACUUGGAAACUGAUUAUGAUGACCAAUCUGUAUCAGACACCGAUGAGGAUGAGCAGGAAAAGAACCUUGUUUCCCACAAUCCUGAAUUUACAGAAACUGAAGCCAUUUCGGACUCUGAUGCAAAUGCAGAAGUGCAAGAAGAAGAAAAACCAGCUGCUGAUCUUGGUAGCGGCUGGGGGAGAAUUAUAUAUUCUCCAAUUCGGAGGGGGAAGCGAGUUGAGUUGGAUGUCUGCCGGUCAACCAAUCGCGAUGGUUCCGAAGGUUCAUUUGACAGAAUCAUCAUUACUCAGAGUAAAAACCCAACAUUGCAUCUGCAGGCACGACGGUCACUCUGGGGAGAUUUGUGGCCAUUUUGA